UAGACACGGGGCGGCGUGGGAGGGGAAGCUGAGUCCCAGGAGACCCCAAAGAGGACGGACCCAAGACGAUGGGGCGGUUGGGCCUCCCGCUCCUCCUCCUUCUCCUCCUCUUCCUCCUGACCCCCGAGGCCAGUGGCCGGUACGGGCUGGUCCGCGUGGUGCCCGGGGGGUCGGGGGGCCCCGGGAGUAAGGACUACUGCGCUCUGUUCAAACUGGAGGCGGUCAGCCUGCCCCGCCACGCACACCAGGCCCCGCUCCUGCCCCUCCACGACUGGACCUCGGAGCCCACGCAGCCCCUGCAGCCCCUGCAGCCCCGCCACGCCUCGGCCGGCCGCCUCGGGCCCCUGCACGGCGCCGCCGCCCUGGUCCUGGGGGGGAACUUGAGCCUGCCGUCUGCGGGCCGGCUGGCCCAGCGGCUCGGGGCCCACGGGCUGCUCAUCGUCGUCCGGAGUGGCGAUGCUGGCUGGUGCCCGGCCCCCUCGGCUUCCACCCCGGGGACCGGGGCCUCCAUCCCGGUGGCCAUCCUCAGCUACGCCGACAUGCUGGACAUCCUGAGCCGCCACCCCAGAGGGCGGGAGGUGAGCGUGGCCCUCUACAUGCCCCCCGAGCCCCCGCUGGACCUCGGCACCGUGGUCAUCUUUGCCCUGGCCGUGGGCACGGUGGCGGCGGGCGGCUACUGCGCCGGGCUGGACGAGCAGGUGCGGGCCGGGAGCGGGCGGGCCGCGGCCGCCCCACGGGCCGAGUGGGCGCGGGCAGCGGGGUCGGCCUGCACCGUCCUGCCGCUGCUCUUCUUCUUCUGUGACCAGCUGGUGUCCGCCCUGCUCGCCGCCUUGUGCCUGGGGGUAGCCGCGGAGCUGAACGGCGGCCUGGCCCCGCUGGCCCGCGUGGCCCUGAGCGCCACGGCCAGCGGGCUGUGGCUGGCCCUCCGCCCCGACCCGCAAUGGGCCUGGCCACUGCAGGACGUCCUGGGCACGGCCUGCUGCCUGCUGCUGCUGGGCCGCCUGCGCCUGCCCUCCUUCCGGGCCUGCGCCUCGCUGCUGCUCGCCCUGCUCGCCUCCGGUGUCUUCUUGGUCUUCGGCACGCCCCUCUUCACCCGCGCCGGUCGGAGCCUCGUGGCCGAGCUGGCCUCCACCGGCCGCGAGAAGCUGCCGCUAGUCUUCAGGGUGCCCCGGCUGGGCCACUGGCCCCUGGCCCCCUGCCGCCGGCCCUUCUCCAUCCUGGGCCUGGGGGAUGUCGUGGUGCCCGGCCUGCUGGUGGCCUACUGUGGCCGCUUCGACACCUGGCGGCGUUCAGGCCGGGUCUACUUCGCGGCCUGCACUGCGGCUUACGGCCUGGGGCUGAUGCUGACCUUUGGGGCCACGGCCCUGAUGCCGACUGGACAGCCGGCCCUCCUCUACCUGGUUUCCUCUACCCUGGCCGCCAGCCUGGCCGUGGCGGCUGCCCGCCGGGAGCUCCCACUCUUCUGGGCCGGCCCUGAUGCUGCCGGGUCCCGCCCCUGCCCGGUCCUGGAGGAUGGUGGCCCCGUCCGAGAGAAAGAGCGGGAUGUGGCCCGUCCCGUCUGCCCCACCGAGAGCCCGGCCCAUCAGUGCGAUGACAGACCUGACCUGCCAGGGUCCCCCAUCUGCCCUACCGAGAGCCCUGUCCAUCAGUGCGACACCGGACCUGACCUGCCGGGGACCCCCAUCUGUCCCACCAAGAGCCCUGUCAUUCAGCAUGAUGCCGAACCUGACCUGCCGGGGACCCCCACCUGCCCCACAGAGAGCCCGGUCCAUCAGUGCGAUGCUGGACCUGACCUGCUGGGGACCCCCGCCUGUCCCACCGAGAGCCCCAUCCAUCAGUGUGACACCGGAUCUGACCUUCUGGGGACCCCGGCAGCCUCCAGUCCCCAUCCCGAACCUCUCCAGCCCAGUGCUCGGGCCCUGCCGGGGCUCCCCAACAUCACCCCCGCCACCUCCAGGGCCCAAGACCGUCCCACCCUUAGGGCCACCCCUGCCAAGAGGAGACUCCUGAGAGCCAAGCGAAGCCACUCUGCCCAGGCAGCGCUGUGAGCCGGCCCCAGGGGGAUGGGCUGGGGACCUGGUACCAAGGAGGCUCGCGUGAACCGUGGAGGCUGCGUGGACAGAGGAGCCAGUGUGGCUACAGCAGUUGGGGCAUUAAAAACAUCCCA